UUUGUUAGUAGGCCUACCUAAAAACCUAUCCUAUGACCUAUAUAGUGUCUGUAUUGUAACUUAGUAACUUAUUUUAACUAUAAAGUUUGUUUGGUUAAGUUUUGCCUCGAUCCUUGAUCUACCCAGUCCCUCGUCAUUCGCCACUUUAGUUUGAUUAUGCAAAUGCCCAUUAUGAAGGGUUUUUUUUGCCAUUUUGCCAGAAUUAUAGUUAAAUUUUGUUAAGUAAUAUUGUUUAAUCAGAAACAUUUUUCAGUAAUGUCUGCUAAACUAAAUCCAAGUAGAUAUGCCCAUUGUGAGGGCCACACAGACGUUUGCUUUUCUCAAGAUGCAAGUUAUAUCGUCACUUGUGGAGGCGAAGGUGAUAUUCGAAUCUGGACUGGCAUUGAAGACGAUGAAGCAACUGACAAAUGUGUUGGUGAAAAGGCGUUUGCUAUUUGUCAAAGAGGAGAGAGAUUGUUUGUGGCGACUGACGCUAACAGCGUUCAAGCACUUACAUUCCCUGAUGCAGAACUAGAUGGUGUCGUUGCUCGCUUUACUGCUCCUGUCGUCAAUAUCGAUGCUUCAUCCGAUGGAUCAAUAUUGGUGUCUGCAUCAUGUGACAUGACUAUUGGCGUAACAGAUGUGGCCAAGACAACUACAGAUGUGUUGACAGGCCAUCGAGCUCCUGUGUUGACUGUUGCUUUGGACCCAAAACGUAUAUAUCUUGCAUCCUCAAGUUGUGAUGGGACUGUACGAGUGUGGCGUCUUGCGGAUAGAUCUGAGUUGGUGUCGUGGGAUUGUGUGCCCAAGAGCAACUCUUGGCAACGAGCUGAAGCUUACUGUCACACUGCCUGGACACCUGACGGCGCGACGCUGGCCGUACCUUGGGGUGACCAGGUGCGACUGUACCAGCGUGACACCUGGGAGAAAACUGGCACUCUAACUGACUCUUGUCUGGACAAACAGACUUUAUCAGUGGUGAAGAUAUCCCACUGUGGACGUUACCUAGCCGCCAGCACCACCGCAGGACAUGUCCUCGUCUGGGGCCUCGGCUCUCGUCGGCUGAUCACUUCACUACAAACAUCGGAAGCGUUACACAUCUGCUCCUUAGAUUGGAACCCUCAAAUGACGUAUAUUGCUUUCUGCGACUCUGGAGGAAACUUUGGCUCAGUGGAUCUCAAUGUUUCCUCCGAUCAGGGUGAGGAGUUGAAGAAACCAGAAGACAUCCCCAUGGGAGACCCUAUGUUUGUAGACUCUGAUGAUGAGGAUGGUGAAAAUGUGAUAUCCUUGGAUAAGAUCAAGAAUGAGUCUGGCUUCUUGGGCGAUGGUUUGGAAGACGAUGAUGCUAAAUCAAGCAUUAAAGGCACAGAAGAGGAAGGGAGACAGAGUCGACAAAGUGAGAUUCGUCCGAGUGUCAAUAUAGACCUACAACCUCCCUUCCAGCCAUCUUCUACACCUGUCAGUCUCCAGUAUCGUUACAUGGUGUGGAACGAUGUAGGAGUUGUGAAGCAGACCAACGUGGAGGAAGAGACGGCUAUAGAUGUAGAAUUCCACGAUACUAGCCUUCAUCACAACUUCCGAAUGGGCAACGAGGCUGGUCACACUCUUGCAGCGCUCAGUAGUGAAGCUCUUGUACUGGCGUGUGAGGCUAGUGAAGACAAUCCAAGCAAGGUGGUGUGUGUCUUACUGAACGCGUGGGAUGGCACAAAAGAGUGGUCAGUGGUGCUCCCUGGUGAGGAGGAGGCGAUGUGUGUUGCCGCAGGAGAAGGCUUUGUGGCAGUUGUGACGGACACACGGGUGCUCCGAGUGUUUACGACCUGUGGCACUCAACGCGAGAUCAUAUCACUGCCUGGACCAGUUGUUAGCAUGACUGCACAAAGACACUGGCUGACAGCUGUUUAUCACUCCGGCACUGGUCUGGACGGAGAUCAAUGUAUGAGCUACCUGCAGUUGUGGCUAGGAGAUGGUGAUACUCUCAUACGACCAACUUCCUCCAGACCUCUACCCCUCACCCCUCGAUCUCGUCUGCGCUGGAUAGGCUUCUCAGAAGAGGGAUCACUUUGUUCCUUGGACACUGCAGGAGUCUUGCGUAAACUCACUCCGUCCUCUAACUGGACUCCCAUAUGUAAUGUGGAUGAACAGUGCAAGGGCAAGUCGGACCACUACUUUGUGGUUGGUGUAUGUGAGAAGUUCCAGACAGUAAGGGGUGUGUUGUGCAAGGGUGCGUUCUACCCUCCAACCUUCCCCCACCCAACUGUCUCUGAAGUGUCUUGGCUGGUUCCAAUGUGCGAAAUGUCGGUGGAAAAAGGACAGCUUGAGGAGCAGUUUUGGCGAUGUAACGUGGCUGUGUCGUCUCUCUCUGAUGCUGACGACGAAAGGGACUCUGCCGACCGGACGAUCAAGAAAACACUUCUCAAAUUAUUUGCGCUGGCGUGUCAGAGCGGGCUCGAGGUGAGAGCCGUGGGUCUGUGUCAGCUGAUGGGUCCAGAGGUCGUUGAACUCGCUGUCAAGUACGCCUCUAAGCUCGGCCGCAUCCAACUUGCCAACAGGAUAACCGAGGCGGUUAACAAGUCACCUCCAUCCCCCCCACCUGACUCUAGAUAUGAGGACAACAUAAGGGACAACUGGAAGGAGUCGUCUGAAAGAGACCCACCUCCUCUGUCUCAGGACUUGUUCGCUCCUUCAAAUGAAGAACGUGUUCCAGAAAACGAAAACCCAAUCUUAGCCCUAAAACAAAUUAAAUCAUCACUGGCCCCAACCAGACUGUCCAAUCCGAUGAAACGGGCCAAUCCUUUCAAGAAGACAACAGACGACAAAAUUGAGGACAAGGGGUUGGCAGGACUGACUAAACAAGUGUUUAGCAAACCAGUUCCAAAGGCUGCUGAACCAGUUUUUAAUAAGAAAGCUACAAAUGAAAACCAGCCAAAGAAGAACACAUUUUCCGAUUGGUUCUCAGGCCAUAAAUCAAGUUUGCAAGAAGAGUUCCCCGAUCUUGAUACCUCAGAACUGAGCAAAGUCGCCCUCAAGAGGUUCAAAGAGGAACAAAAGACAAAACCAAACAAUAAUCAAGGCAUGAAGAAGUUUUUUGGCUCUGCAGCUUUAAACAGUGAGAAUAAAAUUGAAAAGAAUUCCCCACAAAGUGACAAGGACCUAGAAAACAAGAAAAGGAAAGCCACAGAAGAUGAGGAUGAAAUCCCCCAAACUCCAGAACCCAAGAAGUCUUCAACUGCUUCAAAACUUAAGAAGUUUUCAUUUGUAAAGCCCUAAAAAUGCUUGCCCAAGAUGAAACUUGUUCUGGUAGCUUUAGCAAAUUUUGUUACUGUGUAUAAACUGUAUUUUUAGUUUUAUCACUAACUAUUUUACUUAAUUUUAUAAUUGUAAAAUAAAAAUAAUCUUA